AUGUUAUCCGAUGAUUCAUUACAAACACCAACAAAAUCGUUACCACAUGCGGCAUCAUCGUCCCCUUCAUUCCAAUUACUUUCAUCGCAGAAAAGUAAAGUAAAACGUCGCCGACAUAAUGAAUCGAAUACAACCGAUAUUUCUUCGGUACCUACUGUCGUACGUCAUACAACAUCAUGGGGAUGGGUUAUUGUGUUUUCAUCGUUUUGUAUUCAUUUUGUUGCUGAUGGUGUUCUUUUUUCAUUCGGUAUUCUAAUGCAUGUAAUUAAAGAUGAUCUUAAAAUUGAUUUACAUACAGUUGGUAUUAUUGCAUCAUUAUUCGUUAGUUUACCUCUGCUUUUAGCACCAUUAUCUAGUGCAUUAGUCAACAAACUGGGAUGUCGAUUAAUAGCUAUGCUAGGUGGAUUUAUUUGUUCAAUUGGUUUGAUUUUGGCUUCAUUCCUUGGGAAUUUUAUUGGCGCUCUUAUUGGUAUUGGAAUUUUUUGCGGAGCUGGUCUCUCAUGCGUUUAUGUUACAGCGGUUGUUAUAGUAGCAUAUUAUUUUGAUGAACAUCGUGCUAUUGCAACAGCUAUUGCUGUUGGUGGAACAGGUCUUGGAAAUGCUAUUGUUGCACAAUUAAUUCAUGUUUUAAAUAAUUAUUAUGAUGAUUGGAGAGAUACCACAUUAUUUUUGGCCGGAGUUCUUUUUACAAUCGUUGGUUUUGGUGCACUUUUUCGUCCUGUAGAAUUUUCAUUUCGUCGUAAAAAUAAAAAUUAUCAUCAUAUAAGAAAUGAUAACUGUUUACCAUCAACAUCGAUGACUUCAACGGAAAAAUUACAACGUUUUAUAAAUGAAAGGGAUAAACAACGUAUGUCAAAUAAGACCAAUCAAACCGUUGACACAUCAACAUCAUAUGACGAAACAAAAAAAUUAGGUUCAUUUGAUUCUUAUUCAGCUGAUGAUAUUACAGAACUUAAAAAUGAAUUUAACGAUAAUUUUGAUGUAAAAACAUGUCGAAAAGAAAUACAUAUAACCAAGGCUCAUUCUUCAUUAAAAAGUCACACUAAAAAUGAUAAAACUAUUGAGAAAAUAGAUUCAAUAAGAUGUUUGCCUACUCAUUUUCUUUCUCGUAUGCCAGAAGAACAAUUAUUAGAAGUUUAUUAUCAACCAAUAAGUCAAAAAGAUAUUUUCUAUCCUGGUAAUGUGUCCCUAAAACGGUCUGAUUUAUCAAGAAAAAGCUGUCCAAAUUUACUUCAAUCUUAUGUUUAUGAAAAAUCAAUUGCGUCAAUAAUUGAUGAUAAUAGUAAUUCAAGCCAUAAUCGUCGUCGACGAUUACUAUUUUAUCAUAAAGGUUUAUCAUUUCUUCAUACAUUGCGACGAAUGUUAGGUUUACAAUUAUUUCGUGAUUAUCGUUAUGUUAUUUUUUUUAUAUCACAAUUUUCAUUUUAUUUAUUUUAUGAUUUAAUUUAUUUGUUUCCAGUCGACUACGGUGAAACGUUAAUUGGUUAUUCCAAAAAACAAAUGACUAUGUUAGUUACUGUACUUGGUCUUGGACAAUUUUUUGGACAACUUCUAUUUGGAGUUUUAGCUAAUUAUUCAAGUAUUGAUGAAUUAAUACUUUAUGAUAUUGGUGCAGUACUUUGUGGACUUGCUAGUUCACUUAUACCAUUUGUUGUUUAUUCCUAUAUUGCAUUAAUUAUGGUUGUUCUACUUUUUGGACUUGCAAUAUCAGCUAAUUAUGCAUUAACACCAAUUAUUCUUGCGAAUAUGUGUAAUUUAGAAUUACUAACAUCAGCUUAUGGACUUAUUUUACUUGGACAAGGUUGGAUCGCAGAAAAAUACGGAUAUAAAACAUCAUUAAUUAUUGCUGGUAUAUUUAUGGGUAUAUCCGGCUUUGUAACACUUUUGAUACCUUUAAUUAAACGAUUACGUAACAAAGAAGAAGAAGAAGAAGAAGAAGAAGAAGAAGAAGAAGAAACAAAGAAUGAAAAGAUGAUCAAACCAAACACUACGACAAUUACAUUAGCUAAUUACGAUUGA